AUGAUUAUCAUCAACAUCAUCGUCAUCAUAGUCAAAACCAUAAGACCUGAUGGAAGGAAAUUAUUCGGGGGAUACAGAAUAACUCCCACUUACUGCAAGGCCGCUAGAGCAGCCAGGUAUAACCGGGGCAACACGAUAUGUAUGUUCAACCAUGAGUGUAUACAAAGAGGAGGGGAAGUGGUGGGAACUUGCAUGGACGGAUUCCUGUUUGGGGCGUGCUGUCAACUCAAAUCUGACAGUCAGUCUCACAUACCAAAAGGUCCUGGAGUAGUUAUGACGAGCUACUUAGAUUACCCCGAUGCAGAAACUGAUACUGAAGAUUACGACGAGCAGCUCACUGCAUGGCACAACAGCUUCAAACCAGUAGUUACUCCUGGCUAUAGACCGAAUUCGAACAACGUUGUCGUAUCCACUCCGAAGGCUGAAGAAGAUUCGAGUACUGAACUUCAAGCAGAAAUAAUAUCCGAGGGACUGAGUCAAAUAACUAAUACUUUAUUGAGUACACCACCUAAAGAUAACAGUUUUGUUUACGUAAAACCUGAUAAGCAGGAUGGAUUAUAUACCCAUAGUACUAUAGAUCAUGGGAUGGCAGAAACUAUUCUUAUUCAUAAAAAUGGUUCUGUCGUUGAUAACGUAGUAAGACCUUCAGAUUUUAAUAUUCAAAUAUCAUCAAUGCAAACGAAACCGACCGUCCCACCACCUUCAACUCAUCCAUCAUCACCGUCAAUAAUCAUAUCGACACAUAGACCAGUUAAGCCAGUAUUUAAACCAAAGCCUGAUAAAACAACUGUAAAAUCAACAACUACCGAAAAGUAUAUAAUGGUGUCAACGAUUACCAAAGAUACGCAGAAACCACCCGAAUUAUCAUCGAUCAAUAGCAUAAUACAAAUGUUAAAUGAAAGUACACCAAGCAUGAAAGAAGAUGUUACGCCAUCAACAAUAGAUUUUGUAGAAAACAAAUCAUCUCCUAGCCCUGGAACAAUAUCACCUGGUACGUUGAUAAGCAGCUAUCCAAUUAAUUUUAUAUCUACUGGGCACUUUGUCACAAUGAAACCAUCCACUGUAAUAAGUAGUCCUGUAUCGUUCAGCAAUACCAAAAUAGCAACUACGCAACAACCAGAAUUUAGUAGUGUUCUGACAACAACUAGCAGUAAACCUCAAUAUCAGAAACCAAAACCAACAAAACCUGAACAUUCGUCUCCUAAACCUAGUCAAUCUACUAGUCAAGCUAUUGAAGAAUUCAAUAAAUAUCCAACUGACCCUGAAGAUUUCGGACAGACGAUCACAACAUUUAGCUAUGUAAGCUCUACAACACCCAUGCCUUCGACGACAACACGACAGCGUCCACCAUCGACAAGCUACGUCACAGGUUCAAAACCACUAAGGCGUCCAGCUACCCCAUCUCCCAGUAUAAUAAAUACCUACGAAACCGCUCCUGAUACUUUCUCCAGUGUCACACCAACAGUAAUCGUUCUGAGUUCUCUUCCACCAACGAAGCCCUCAUCUUCAGAAGAAACACAUUUUGUAGAAAUAUCUCAAGAGCCAUUCAAGAAACCGAUCAGUCAAAUUACUGUAAAUAACAAUAUUGAAACUACAAAUAACAUUUAUAUGAAUAAACCAUCUCAGACUCAAACAAAACCGAAACCUUCAAACGAUAAACCGUCUUCGCCCACCGUUGUUAUUACUCCAAAGCCUUCACCAACCACUACGCCUUUACCCAUCAAAGCCUCGAUACGUCCAAGGCCAACUACAACUGUUAUUCCAAGCUACGAUCCUUACACAGAGCUAUACACCGUUUCUACAUUACGGCCGGAAUUCCAAACGUCGUCCGAUGAUCUGAUUAAUUUCCCACCUGUGAGGAACCCUAUGCUAAACGCCACUGGAUCAAAUCCAAGUGUAUUCAAUACGAGUGUCGCUAUCUCUGACAAUGAGUUGGACUUGCACAUCACUGACGUCGAUAUUUCGACACCUACAUGGCAAGAAGACGAAAAAUUAAACGAAAAAAUGAACUUGUUCGUAAACAAAAUAGUAGGAAGCCUUCAAGGCACUUUCCAGGAGCUACACGAUAUUGUCAUCUUAGAUAAGAAACCCAAUGUUCCAUCUAUUACUAUUCCAUCUUCGACACUGAAACCACCGAGGAAGACUAUAGCCACAAAGAAACCUACGACUACGACUAAAAAACCUCUCAGACUCACAAAUCCCACCACAAAGAAGCCAACUGUCAAAACAACCAAAAAACCCUCGAAAGUAACCACCACUGCGGUAAGAAAACCAACUACUACUCCAGCCCCAACUACGACAAGCACAAAGAAAUCGGUAACGACUACAAAAAAGGGUAAGCCGACAAGGAAAGUCACCACGACGACAGCUGCGGCCACUACCUCGACAGAACCGGCCGAUGAGGUGACGACGGAGGAAUAUCUAGAACCUGUUGAUUACAACGACAAAAAUUUAUGCGGAGUUCGUCCAUUGAUCAAGUCGGGUCGUAUCGUCGGCGGUAAGAACGCCAACUUUGGCGAAUGGCCCUGGCAGGUUCUGGUGAGGGAGUCCACCUGGCUCGGGCUCUUCACCAAGAAUAAGUGUGGUGGUGUCCUCAUCACCAACAGAUAUGUCACGACUGCUGCUCAUUGUCAACCAGGAUUCCUCGCCUCUCUCGUUGCUGUGUUUGGAGAGAACGACAUCUCUGGUGACUUCGAGCCCCGGAAGCCUGUCGCGAAGAAUGUGCGCCGCGUUAUCGUCCACCGGCAAUAUGAUGCUGCGACUUUCGAGAACGAUUUGGCCCUGCUGGAACUGGAUUCACCUGUUAAAUUCGACGCUCAUAUCAUCCCAAUUUGCAUGCCGCCCGACAACGCGGACUUCAAGGGCCUAAUGGCGACGGUGACGGGCUGGGGGCGGCUGAAGUACGCGGGGGGAGUGCCCGCCGUGCUGCAAGAGGUGCAGGUACCAGUGAUAGAGAACAGCGCGUGCCAAGAGAUGUUCCUGACGGCUGGACACAACAAGAAGAUACUCAACUCCUUCAUAUGCGCCGGAUAUGCGAACGGACAGAAAGACUCUUGUGAGGGUGACAGCGGUGGUCCACUCGUGGUCCAACGCGACGACGGCCGCUGGCAACUGGUGGGCACCGUCUCCCACGGCAUCAAGUGCGCCGCGCCCUACCUGCCCGGCGUCUACAUGAGGACCACCUACUACAAGCCCUGGUUGAAGACCAUCACUGGGGUACACUAGUAUACAGCUAGACAGUGGCGGCACUAGGGCGUGGCG